UUCAUUUUUUUUACGUGAAAGGACAGAUUAAAAUCAUUUCUCCCAUCACACAGCCUGUAACCUGCAGCCAUCCCACCCCUUGCUCCACAACUUCACCUCUGCUCUCUUUGAGUUGUGCAUAAUAUUUCAAAACGUGUUCUAAUUGAACUUAUACUCAUCAGAUAUUGGGUGAAUGCUGCUGAGCACACCUCUUAAGAGCCCUUGGGCUCAUGCUGACAAGGGUGAGGCACAGUCAUGCCUUCUGGAGUGAGAGAGUCUCACUCCUUUCUCUACAGAAAUGAAGAGCCCCUGGAGACAGGCUAGAGGAGCCAGGAGGCCAGGUGCCUGGAGAAUGUUGAUGGCACACCAGCUGUCCUAUUGCCUGAAUCAUGCAUCAGGCAUAGGGCGCAGGGCUGCUAUAUCACAUUUAAACAUCUUCACGUGCUAACUUCUUUUUUAAAAUUUUUUUUUUAAAGAUUUUAUUUAUUCAUUUGAAACAGAGAGAUACAGAGAGAGAGCGAGAGCAUGAGCGGGGAGAGACAGAGGGCAAGGGAGAAGCAGGCUCCCCGCCGAAUCAGGAGCCAGACGUGGGGCUCAAUCCCGGGACCCCGGGAUCAUGACCCGAGCCGAAGGCAGAUGCUUAACCAUCUGAGCCACCCAGGCGCCCCCACGUGCUAACUUCUCUGAGAGAUUAAACAUAUAGGGGCUGAAGAACUUACCAGUGCUGCCCUCCCACUACACAGUUGGGAGAUCUUUCCAGGGGAGACAGAGCAGUUUUGAAUGGAGAACAUCAGCAGUUCCUUUUCCAAGUCCUGAUGAUGUAGGGAUGUCUAUUCACCUUGGGAGUGACCUCACAAUGAUGCCCAGUGCCCACUAGUGAAGGCCGCAGCCAUGUCCUGAAACGAGGUCAAUUCAUCCUGAAACGUCACACACUGAUGUGUUGCCAGAAGAUGGUCACUGAAGGAGCAUGUCGACUUUGCCUCUUGGGCUUCCUCAAGGUGCUGACAUGGCAGUACUGUUCUACACAUUAUACGCAGACAACACCGUCCAGAGACGAUGAAAGAGGACAUACUAGUGUCUUAUGGCCAUUUUUGAAGGGAACUGAAGGGAACUUCCCCUGGAGCCCCCAGCAGAUGUGUCAUUUCUCCUUGGCCAGAACGCCCUUGCCUAAUUCAGUAACACGGCAAGAGGCACGAGCCCACUCAUCAAGAUUCUCCCUUUGGGAGCUAUAUUCCAGACUUCCCGGAGGAAUCUACAAAUUGCAGGGUCCUGUUAACAAGCAUGAAGUACUUAAGAAGAUGAUGGCUGUUGGGUCAGCCCCAGGAAGAGUCCAAGCAAGGAGGGCUGGUCACAGGAGCACCCCAGACACGAGGGAACAACAAUUCAGGAGCUUACGAGGUUUGAGCAGAUCCAGAGUGGCUUCCGCCGGCCUGGGAAGGUUCCUGUGGUCUCCCUUCUGAGAGCCGGGGCGGGUCAGCUGCUGGCGGGUCUCAGCCUCUGACCCCACAACGCAGCGAGACAGCACACUCAACAACAGACCAUAUGUAACAGAACGGACCCAUAACCUCUGCAGCAAUAGGGCCAAACAGUCAGGACUUGGUCACUAACUGCCAGCUUCCCUAUUUUUUAUUUGUUGCCCGUCCCACUUAGGGCCAACCGGAGAAAGCAAAAUAAUUCUCCCCUAAGCAGUCCUAAACCUACGGGGCCCGCUUAGAGCUAGCCGGUCUCAGCUUCCACACUCGACACCGGCCGCUCCCCUGCCCGCCUCUGGCCUCCGCGGAACGCACGGGAUGGCUGCGGACUGCCUCGCUGUAGCGGGUUCUGGGCCGACAGGCGUUCCUAGCCCCCUUCAAGGCGUCUUCGUUCACUUCCACAGCGGGUCGAGGUGACUGAAAGGCCGACCAGGAAAGGGUGCGGCCGAGCGCAGUUCCGACACGAACGCAGGCCUUGACGCUGGUCGCAGACGCCGGCCAUUCUGGCGUCGCGGCCUCGGAGAGUGAGUCGCGUCCGUGAACCAGGGCUGCGGGGAGGGGCGCUCCACGGAGCACAGCCUAAGAAGAACGACUGUCUGUACCAUAACACGAGCCGCUCUAACGAGUCUCAGGCCGCCGCCGGGGACGAGACGGCCGCCGCCCCCGACGCAGUCUGGGAGAAACGGCCGCCGCCCCCGACGCAGUCUGGGAGAAACGGCCGCCGCCCCCGACGCAGUCUGGGAGAAACGGCCGCCGCCCCCGACGCAGUCUGGGAGAAACGGCCGCCGCCCCCGACGCAGUCUGGGAGAAACGGCCGCCGCCCCCGACGCAGUCUGGGAGAAACGGCCGCCGCCCCCGACGCAGUCUGGGAGAAACGGCCGCCGCCCCCGACGCAGUCUGGGAGAAACGGCCGCCGCCCCCGACGCAGUCUGGGAGAAACGGCCGCCGCCGCCGCCGCGCUGCCUCCUGGGACUUGCAGUUGGUUGCGCCGAGCGCGCGCACUUCCGCCGCCCACCGGAAGCACCGCCAUUGCCCCGCGCGCUCCGGUGAGCCUGAAACCCGCGACCGGCGUGGAGGCUCCGCGGCGGGCUGGGCGGGGCCGGGGCGGGCCGCGGUGACCUGCGCCGCGCCGGAGGAGGUCCCUUCUCCCGCCCGGCUGCGCUUGGGCGUGUCAGAUGCGAGUCCCUCCGGCUGCAGAGACCGGGGGGAGCGUGUGCCGCUGAGCGCGGCUGGAUGGGAUCUCGUCUGAGGGUCUCCUACUCCGGGACAGAAGCCCUCCUGCUGCGAAGGAGGCCAGCUGUCGAGGCUUCAGGCCGGCAUAUGGGACUCCGGGGCCUGCCCACCCAGACGCGUCUUUUUCCCUCCCUCGGCUCGUUAACGCCGCCUACCCCGGAGGCGCUCCGUGCGCGAGGUGGUGGCCCAGAGCCUGCUGGCAGCGGCCCCGGCGAGUGAGGCUUUCUUUUCCCCAGCGUCCAGCCCCGCCUCAGAACUUGGACACGUUUUCUUCCACUGGAUCAUUGUGUUGACAUCAGGCCCACCAGAAAAUCCGGAGAAUCUUCCCAUCUCAAGAUUCUGAGCUAAAUCACGUCUCUGGAGUCACUUUUGCCUGCAUGCCCUGCCUCCUGAGGACCUCUGCCCUGCUCACGACAGCUUCUUCAGGUAUGAGGAGGAAAUGGAAGCACAUUCUCAACGUGGUCCCAUCGCAGCCACCUGUGAGCUUCAAGGACGUGGCUGUGACCUUCACGCAGGAGGAGUGGGGACAGCUGGAUCUGGCCCAGAGGAGACUGUACCGCAACGUGACUCUGGAGACCUGCAGCCACCUGGUCUCUCUGGGGCUUCUGCUUUCCAAACCGGAUGUGAUCAGCUGGCUGGAGCAAGGACAAGACCCAUGGAGGGCAGGACAGGGACCUCCCCGAGACUGGAAGAAUACAUUUGAAAAGAAAGAGUCAGCUUCCAAAGAGGAUUUUGCUGUGGAAGAACCAUUCCAUCACAUAGCAAUGAAACACUGCAUACGGGAGGAAGGCCCCUGGUUGGUGUCAUUAGGAGAAAGGCAGGAUUGGAGGAACCAGCUAAGGGAGCACCAGGAGGACUCUUUGAGUCAAAUGGUACUUACCUCAGAGACACUGUUUGCUCAAGGGGAACAUUGUGAGCAUGACCUUGGGGGAAGUUACUUGAGUAUAAGCCUUUUACCUCCAGUAUUACCCACAAGAGCACAUGUCCAUACUCUUGACUCACAUGUUAAAAAGUUGGAACAGAAUUCAGGUUUCAUUAAUCAUGAGAAAGGCUGGACUGAUCGGAAGCCCUAUGAAAAUCACCAAAGUGCUAGAGCCUUCUGUCAGAGCAUUUAUUUGAAAAAACUUGGAAACGUUGAAAUGAGAAAUAAAAAGCCUUACGAAUAUACUGUCAGUAGUGACUCUUUCAGCUGUGGUACCUCCCUUCGAUUUCAUAAUAGACUUUUUUCAGCAGAGAACAACAGUAACUGCACAGACUAUGGAAACAUUGUUAAUCAUAGCAUGUCUCCAAAUGAACAUAAGCCGAUGCAUUUUAGAGAAUGUCAGGAUGAGCGUGAUGAAUGCCUUGUACAAACCGAAAUAAGUGAUCCUAGAGAAGCACCAUUUAGAUGUGAGGAGGAACGUAAUGCCUUCCACACAGCCUCAUCUUUUACUGACUGUGACAUCGUUCAGACAGGAAAGAAGCCACAUGCAUGCCGUCAGUGUGGAAAAUCUUUCAGCUGUGCCUCUAAGCUUGUUGUACACCAGAGAACACACACUGGAGAAAAGCCCUAUGAAUGUACUCAGUGUGGGAAGUCUUUCAGCCAGAGUUAUGACCUUGUUGUACAUCAGAGAACCCACACUGGAGAAAAGCCCUAUGAAUGUAACCAGUGUGGGAAAUGCUUCACCCAGAGUUCCAAACUUACGAGGCAUCAGCGAACUCACACUGGAGAAAAACCAUAUAAGUGUCAUGAAUGUGGAAAAUCUUUCGGAUGGAACUCUAACCUUAUUGUACAUCAAAGAAUUCAUACUGGAGAGAAACCCUAUGAGUGUACUCAUUGUGGAAAGUCCUUCAGCCAGAGCUCUGACUUUGUUUCACAUAAAAGGACUCACACUGGAGAGAAACCCUAUAAAUGUAACCAGUGUGGAAAGUCCUUCAUUCGAAGCACUCAACUUAUUAGGCAUCUGCGAAUUCACACUGGAGAGAAGCCGUAUAAAUGCAAUCAGUGUGAUAAAGCUUUCGCUGGUAGCUCUCACCUUAUUGAGCAUCAGAGAACUCAUACUGGAGAGAAACCUUUUGAAUGUAAUCAGUGUGGGAAAACCUUUACUGGGAGCUCUCACCUUCUUUCACAUCAGAGAAUUCAUUCUGGAGAGAAACCAUAUGAAUGUAACAACUGCGGGAAAUCUUUUCGGCAGCGAUCACAGCUUGUUGUGCAUCAGCGAACCCACACUGGAGAGAAGCCUUAUGAGUGCAGUCAUUGUGGAAAAGCUUUCAGCCAGAGGUCUCCCCUCGUUGUGCAUCAAAGAACACACAUUGGAGACAAGCCCUAUCAGUGUAACAUGUGUGUUAAAGCCUUCAGUCAGAGGUCACGCCUUAUUGAACAUCAGAGAACACAUACUGGAGAAAAGCCCUAUGAAUGCAUUGACUGUGGAAAAGCCUUUAAUGAUCGGUCAACACUUACAAAACAUGAGAGAACACACACUGGCGAGAAACCUUAUGAAUGUAAUCAUUGUGAAAAGGCCUUUAGUCAGCGAUCUCAGCUUACUAGGCAUCGGAGAAUUCAUACUGGAGAAAAACCCUAUGAAUGUAAUGAAUGUGGGAAGGUUUUCAGUUAUAAUACAUCCCUUAUUCAACAUGAAAAAACUCAUGGGAGAUACCUCUGAAACAAAUAAUGCAAUAUAUGUUAAGAAAAUAAAGAAGAAGGGGCGCCUGGGUGGCUCAGUUGUUAAGCGUCUGCCUUCGGCUCAGGUCAUGAUCCCAGGGUCCUGGGAUCGAGCCUGGGAUCGGGCUCCCUGCUCGGUGGGAAGCCUGCUUCUCCCUCUCCCACUCCCCCUUCUUGUGUUCCUGCUGUCCCUAUCUCUCUGUGAAAUAAAUAAAUAAAAUCUUUAAAAAAAAAGAAAAAGAAGAUAGCAGGAGGGAAAGAAUGAAGGGGGGAAAUCAGAGGGGGAGACAAACCAUGAGAGAUGAUGGACUCUGAAAAACAAACUGAGGGUUCUAGAGGGGAGGGCGGGUGGGAGGAUGGGUCAGCCUGGUGAUGGCUAUUAAAGAGGGCACGCUCUGCAUGGAGCACUGGGUGUUAUGCACAAACAAUGAGUCAUGGAACACUUCAUCUAAAACUAAUGAUGUAAUGUAUGGUGAUUAACAUAACAAUAAAAAAUUAAAACACUCAUGGGAGAAAGUUGAAUACUAAAGAUGGAGAAGCUCACUGCCAAACCUUCAUUAGACAUCAGCUGACAAAGGUAUGACUCUGUGUGGUCUAAUGAUCACGUGCAUCAGAUUUGCUCAGUGUUCUUGAAACUGCACAUUACCAAGCUUACCUUGAUCUACUAAAUCAGAUUCUCUGGCAGUAAAACCCAGGCCUGCAGUUCCCAAAAGGUGCAUAAGUAAUUUGUAUGUACAUUAAAAUGUGUUUAUGUCUGCAUUUAGAUGAGAAGCUAUGAACAUACCACUGAUUUAAAACUUUAUCAAGGUCUCAGCAGGAGUUAGGAAAUUCAGUAUGUAGCUAUACUCACCAAAUAAUUUUUUUUUAGCGGAAACAACUACCCGAACUUUAAUCAGACAUUGUUCCUGUAACACAUUCCUAGAAAUAGUGGACUGGAAGAUAUUCUCUUUUUUUAUUUUAUUUUUUUGGACUGGAAGAUAUUCUUGAUGCAAAGCCGCGAACACUCAAUCUAAGAAGAAAUCUUUGCAUGACAAAGUUGGUGUUGAGUGAUGAAAUAUGAAGCCAGCCAAUGUAAAACAGUUAACAAAUUGGAGGAGGACUGAGGAUGGAAAGUCUUCUGAAAUGGUUCUAAUUGGAAUUAAAAGUAGACUCUGAAUGUA